GGCAGAGAGGAGAGAAGGAAGAAGGAGAGAGAGAGUAGUUGGCAUUAUCGUCGUCUCUCUUUUCUUUCUCUUCUCUUCUCGUGAAAAGCUUAAGAAUCAUCACCUUCGUGUAAAGUUUCUGUGUUUCUUUUUCUUCUGUGAAAAUUCUGCCCAAAAACGAUGAAUGUGAUGCGUAGAUUGACGAGUAUGGCUUCUGGACGUAGUUUCGUCUCUUCUGAUAACGUAGGAGAAGACGAGACGCCAAGAUCGAAAAAGCCUAACAAAACUCGUGAAGAUAUAGAGUCUACGGAAUCGGCUACGUACGAGAGAGGUUCUAAUGGUUUAGGAGAGGAUAAGACACGAGAAGAAUCUGUCUCUACGACAGAGAAUUCUCAUUCAUUACCAAAAGAAAUGGGUGAUGACAAGGAUUCGGACAGUGGUAUCAUCAAGGGAAAUGGGACAGAGUCUGGUCGGAUUAUUACAACCACAAAGAAGGGUCUGAACGAUCAGAUAGACAAGACAAUCUCGUACAGAGCUGAACAUGUAAUUGGCACUGGCUCAUUCGGUGUUGUCUUUCAGGCUAAGUGCUUAGAGACAGAAGAAAAAGUAGCAAUCAAGAAAGUGUUACAAGACAAGAGAUACAAGAACAGAGAGCUUCAGAUCAUGCGAAUGCUCGACCAUCCUAACGUCGUUGAGCUCAAGCAUUCUUUCUUCUCCACCACUGAGAAAGACGAGCUUUAUCUCAACCUUGUUCUCGAGUAUGUACCUGAGACUAUAUACCGUGCAUCAAGAUCUUACACCAAGAUGAAUCAUCAGAUGCCCCUGAUCUAUAUUCAGCUCUACACAUAUCAGAUUUGCCGCGCUGUGAACUAUCUACAUCGAGCUGCUGGAGUGUGCCACCGUGACAUUAAACCACAAAACCUAUUGGUGAAUAAUGUUACACAUGAGGUGAAGAUAUGUGACUUUGGAAGCGCGAAAAUGCUGAUUCCUGGAGAACCCAAUAUAUCUUACAUAUGCUCAAGGUAUUAUAGAGCUCCAGAACUCAUCUUUGGAGCAACUGAAUACACAACCGCCAUCGAUAUGUGGUCUGUAGGUUGUGUAAUGGCUGAGCUUUUUCUUGGACAUCCUUUGUUCCCUGGAGAGACUAGUGUUGAUCAAUUGGUGGAGAUCAUUAAGGUUUUGGGAACACCAGCAAGAGAAGAGAUAAAGAACAUGAACCCUAGUUACAAUGAUUUCAAGUUCCCUCAGAUAAAACCUCAGCCAUGGCACAAGAUAUUUAGUAGACAGGUACCUCCUGAAGCAUUGGAUCUUGGCUCUAGACUUCUCCAGUAUUCACCAAAUAUGAGAUGCUCAGCGCUUGAAGCCUGUGCGCACCCGUUCUUUGAUGCUCUGAGAGACCCAAACGCAUCCUUGCCUAAUGGAAGAGCACUUCCUCCAUUGUUUGAUUUCACAGCUCAAGAAUUGGCUGGUGCAUCUGUUGAACUGCGACAUCGCUUAAUCCCUGAGCAUGCAAGGAAAUGACCUCUUCUUCUCUACACAUGUCCUUGUUCACUGACCUCUGCAACCACUUGGAUUAGUAGUUAAAAAAGUGUAAUAAUUUUUAUAAGUUUGCAACUUUGUAGCUUCCAUUGUUGUAUACAGAAAUGCAGAAUUUUCCAACUCUUUUCUC